AUUUUUACUCUCAUAGCAAAAGAAAAAAAAAAAGAAAGAAAAAAAAAUUCUGAAUGAUGAAAGAGGAAAAGGAAACAACCAUUUCUCCUGUCUGUGUUUCUGUGACAAACUAAGCAACAAAAUUCAAGCCUUCCCCACCACCACCAUCUCUCAUUUGUAAUCCACAAAACAACAAACACCACUCUCCUUCACUGUCUCUCUCCCCCCUUCCCUUCAAUUCCUCCUCCUCCUCCUCCUCCUCCUCUUCUUCUUUUAUCAUCAUAUUUGCUAGCUAUACCUUAUGUCCCAACCACCAACCCCAAUCCCACAAACACUUCCGCCCAUACCACCGCCACUGCCACCACCACAACCACAGCUACAACCACCCGCACUUCUCCCCGCCAACCGGGAAUACCGUAAAGGCAACUGGACAAUCCAGGAAACCCUAACCCUUAUCACCGCCAAGAAACUGGACGACGAGCGCCGCUCAAAACCCUCCAUCCCUUCAACCUCAAAACCAGGUGAGCUCCGGUGGAAAUGGGUGGAGAACUACUGCUGGGCACAUGGAUGUUUCCGCAGUCAGAACCAAUGCAAUGACAAGUGGGAUAAUCUCCUUCGCGACUAUAAGAAAGUCAGAGAGUAUCAGUCGAGAUCCAACGCCUCUGAUUCCUCCCCUUCUUACUGGACCAUGGAUAGGCAGCAGCGCAAGUUCUAUAAUCUUCCUUCUAAUAUGUCCCCCGAUGUUUUUGAAGCUCUUAAUGAAGUAGUUCAGAGAAGAUACCAUAAUAUACCACAAAGCUUACCUCCUUCACAACAACAACACCAACACCAGCAGCAGGAGCAGCAACAACAACUUUCAGUUGCUGUUGCUGCUUCUCCACCUCCGGAGACUACGCGGGAAUCUCUGCCGGAGCCGGUGAUGGAUCUCCCGGCGGUUUCAGAAGGAUCAGAAUCAUCAGCGACGGAAUCAAGUGACAAGCUUGACACAGGCACAAAACGAAGGAAAGUUCGGAACAUAGGUGCAAGCAUCAAGCACAGCGCUUCAAUCUUAGCCCAAACAAUCAGAAACUGCGAAGAGAAGAAAGACAAGAGACAUCAAGAAAUGAUGGAGAUCGAACAACGUAGGCUUCAGCUUGAGGAGGCAAGAAAUGAAGUGAACCGUGAAGGAAUGGCCAAUCUUGCUAUGGCUGUUACAAAGCUUUCGACUGCUAUUCAAUCACUUAUUUCAGACCAAACAUGAGAAGGAAAAACAAAAUUAUUUAGUUGAUUAAGUUGGUGAGGUUAUUUUUAGACUCACUCGGCCAUUCUUUUAGAUAUAUAUGGACUGGCAAAGUGCAUUUGUAGAAUUGUGAUUCUUAUUAUAUUCAGUCAUUAAUUAAUUAA